GAUCCUCCCGAGGCGCCGCGGUUCCCGUUGCUCCCGGGGCCGGGGCUCCCACACCCAGCAGAUCCCCCGGGAUCCCGCGGCUGGAUCCCAGAUCCCGCUGCUUUUCCAGGUGGGGACGUGACUGCCAAGAACAUCUGGCUGGCAGAGAACGUUCUGGAGAUCCUGACGGAGCAGAGGUACGGCCGGGAGAGGGGGGAGCCUUCCCAAACCCGCAAUUCCCAGAUCCCCCCCAGAUCCCCCCAGAUCCCCCCAGGGCUGAGGAGCUGGCCUGGCUCGGGCCCAGCAUCCCGGGAACGUUUCCUUCCCGAGCCGUGGGGGAGGUUUUUCCUCUGGGAGCGUCGAUUGCCCGAGAGGUUUCCGGUGUUUGGGCGGCUCCUGCUCCGUCUGGGAAUCUCAUCCCGAGCCUGUGGGAUCCACAGGAUUCCCAAGCGCAGGAUUCCCUCCCUGGGGCUCUGCCCUGCGGGGGGCUGCGAGGGUUUGGGGUGGAUUUGGGAUUGUCAGGGAGGGUUUGGGGUUGCAGGGAGUGGAUUUGGGGUUGUAGGGAGUGGAUUUGGGGUUCCCAGGAUGGAUUUAGGGAUCCCAGGAUGGAUUUGGGGUUUCCCAGAUCAGAUUUGGGGUUCCCAGAUCAGAUUUGGGGUUGCAGGGAGUGGAUUUGGGGGUUCCCAGGAUGGAUCCCAUAAAUUGUUCCCUUCCCUGGAUGCAGCAAUUCCAGGGAAAUGGGGCUUUGGAGUGUUCCCACCCCUCAGAUCCCCCUCAAACCCCUCCUCAGUGAUCCCUAAAAAACUUUCUCUGGGCGCCUUUUCCGACCCAAUUCCGGUUCCGUGUCGCUGCCCAGGGGUCCUGCAGCUCCUGCAGUCCAGGACCUCCCGCAAAUUCCUGGCGUGCCGCCUCACCCCCGACAUGGAGACCAAGCUGCUCUUCAUGACCUCGCGGGUGCGCUUUGGGCAGCAGAAGCGCUACCAGGACUGGUUCCAGCGGCAGUACCUGUCGACGGCCGACAGCCAGUCCCUGCGCUGCGACCUGAUCCGCUACAUCUGCGGCGUGGUGCACCCCAGCAACGAGGUGCUGAGCUCCGACAUCCUGCCCCGCUGGGCCAUCAUCGGCUGGCUGCUCACCACCUGCACGGGAUCCCGUGGAUCCCGUGGAUCCAGCGGGGAUCUGGGGGGUCUCACGCCGUUCCCUCCCCCAGAGCCCGCCAUCCUGGUCAUGCACCACUCCAUGAAGCCGCACCCGGCCAUCACGGCCACGCUGCUGGAUUUCAUGUGCCGGAUCAUUCCCAAUUUUUACCCCCCUCUGGAAGCGCACGUCCGGCAGGGCGUGUUCAACUCCCUCACCCACAUCGUGGAGAAGCGAGUCCUGGCGCACCUGGCCCCGCUCUUCGACAACCCCAAGCUGGACAAGGAGCUCCGGGCCAUGCUCAGGGAGAAAUUCCCGGAAUUCUGCAGCUCUCCCUCGCCCCCCAUGGAAGUGAAAAUCGAGGAGCCGGUUCCCAUGGAGAUGGAGAAUCACCUGGAGAAGGAUGACGGUUGCUAUGACAACGCCGAGGCCGCCUUCAGCGAUGAUGAGGAGGAGCUGAACAGCAAAGGGAAGAAGAGGGAGUUCAGGUUCCACCCGAUCAAGGAAUCCAUCGUGGAGGAGCCGGUGGACAUCACCCCGUUCCUGGAGCAGCUGGACGAGUCCCUGAAGGACAAAGUGCUGCAGCUGCAGAAGGGCAGGUGGGGCCCUUCCCGUCCCCACGGAUCUCCCAGAGCUGCUGGAGAGGGAAUUCCCGCAGGAAAAGGGCUUGGGAAGGAGCUCCCAGCUCCUGCCCCGCAGACCUUGGCUCAGCCCGGAGAUUCCGUGCAAUUCCUGGCUUCGAGCGCCUGCUUUUCCCGGUGCAAUUCAUCCCAGUCCGGAAUCCGUGCGGAUUCUGGGAUGGGGCUGUACGAGUCGUUCGCUCAGGCCACGCAGCUGGGGGAGCUGCACACGUGUCUGAUGAUGGACAUGAAGGCGUGCCAGGAGGACGACGUGCGGCUGCUCUGCUUCCUCACGCCCUCCAUCUACACCGAGUUCCCGGACGAGACCCUGCGGAGCGGGGAGCUGCUGAACAUGAUCGUGGCCGUCAUCGACUCCUUCCAGCUGCAGGAGCUUGUGUGCCACGUGAUGAUGGGAAACCUGGUCAUGUUCCGCAAGGAUUCCGUGCUCAACAUCCUCAGUGAGUGCCGGGACCGGGACCGGUCCAGCCCUGUCCAGAGGGGAUCCCUGGAGCUGCCCCAGGUGUCCCCAGGUGUCCCCAGGUGUCCCCAGGUGUCCCCAGGUGUCCCCAGGUGUCCCCAGGGCCGGGUUUCCCGCUGGCCCGCCGUGGCCAGGCCCAGCGAGGAGAUGGUGAAGAUGGUGCUGAGCCGGCCGUGUCACCCCGAGGACCAGUUCACCACCAGCAUCCUGCGGCACUGGGGGCUGCGGCACGACGACCUCCUGGGCGAGCACAUCAAGGCCCUGCUGAUCAAGAACAACUCCCUGCCCCGCAAGCGCCAGAGGUCGGGAACGCCGACACCCAUCCUGGGAAUUCCCAGUCAGCUGGGACUGCUGACACUGAUCCUGGGAACGCUGACACCCAUCCUGGGAAUUCCCAGUCACAGGGGGCUGGGAAUGCCAACACCGUUCCUGCAGGCGCUGCAGCACGUCCAGGCCAGCUGUGACGAGGCUCACAAGAUGAAGUUCUCGGACCUGUUCUCCCUGGCCGAGGAAUACGAGGAUUCCUCCAGCAAACCCCCCAAGAGCCGGCGGAAAGCCACGGCUCUCGCCAGCCCCCGCAGCCGCAAGAGCGCCGCGCAGCCCCCCAACAACGAGGAGGAGUCGGCGUCCAGCAGCGCCUCGGAGGAAGAGGACACCAAACCCAAACCGGCCAAGAGGAAAAGGAAAGGCUCCUCGGCCGUGGGCUCGGACAGUGACUGAGGGCUGGGACCCCCCCGAGCCCCCCCCGAGCAAAUCCCGGGGGUCAGGGAUCACCCCCCCUUUUCACCAGCGCGGGGAGGGGUCGCGGUGUCCCCCCCCAGGACCCCCCCCGUGGGAAGGGGGGACCCCCAGCCCCAUUUUCCCACAGAAAUGUAAAUAAAGGGUGGAACUGAGUCGCUGCUCCAGGAUGAUUUGGGGAGGGGGAAAGAGCCCCCGCCCCCCCCCGCAGCCCCCCGGGGGUCCUGGGGGGGGUCAGCACCCGAGGCCGGCGGGAUCUGGGGGGUCCCUCAGCGUUUCUCAGCGUUUUUAAGGAAAGCAGCAAUAAAAACCUUCCUGUUUUUGUAG